AUGCAGGUAUUCGUCGAUGAAAAGUUUCCUGAAGGGAGCCUAAAAGUUAGAAGAGGGUACAAGAAAGUAUUCUUCUCAAUUUUUGCUACAGUGUUACUAGGGGUACAUCUCAUCUUGUCACAGGUCCAUUUUUUCGAAAAUGAUAUUACUAUCCCAUCAUAUAAACAACCACGGUGUGGUAAGACAGAAGCGAUUUCUCCAUCUUUUGACGUGUCCGUUCAAAAGAUUCUAAAUGAUCCAGAUUUCAAAUUGAACUCGAUUGAAAAAUUGUCAAAGGCAAUCCAAAUUCCUACAGAAGUUCACGAUGUUAAUCCAAUUCCAUCAGAAAAUCCAUCAUACUACAACAAUUUCUUCCGUUUCCAUCAAUAUUUGGAAUCUACUUUCCCCCUGGUACAUAAACAUUUGAAGAAAGAAUUGGUUAAUGGCGUCGGUUUGCUAUAUACAUGGGAAGGUAAAAAUGAAACUCAAAAACCAGUGAUUUUGAUGGCUCAUCAGGAUACUGUCCCAGUAAAUAACGAUACUUUAUCAGAGUGGGAAUAUCCACCUUUCUCGGGACAUUACGAUUCAGAAACUGAUCUCAUUUGGGGUCGUGGGUCAAAUGAUUGUAAAAACUUAUUGAUUGCUGAAUUUGAAGCUAUCGAACAGUUGCUUGAAGACGGCUUCCAAACUGAACGUACAGUUAUAUUGUCUCUAGGGUUUGACGAAGAAUCCAGCGGAUUAUUGGGUGCUGGUACACUGGGCCCAUUCCUUCACGAAAGGUACGGGGACGAUGGGAUUUUAAUUAUUGUAGAUGAAGGUGACGGUAUUAUGGAAAUUGACGAUGGAAUUUUCGUAGCUAGUCCAAUCAAUGCUGAAAAGGGUUACGUAGAUGUUGAAGUAACAAUAAGGGGCCACGGCGGACAUUCUUCUGUUCCUCCAGAUCAUACCAACAUUGGUAUUGCCGCAGAAUUGAUUACUCUAUUGGAGAAAAAUCCGUUUGAAUAUCGUUUUGAUCUUGAUAAUCCAUUAUACAAUUUAUUGACCUGCACAGCUGAACAUUCUAAAUCCAUUUCUCAGGAUUUAAAGGAUGUUAUCUUGGAAGCACCAUAUGAUAAAGUUAAAAAGAAUUUACUAACUGAAUUUGUCUCUAAAAAACCUGAUCUAAGAGAUUUAAUUAGAACCACUCAAGCCAUUGAUAUUAUUAAUGGAGGUGUCAAGGCUAAUGCACUUCCAGAAACCGUUAGUUUCUUGGUCAAUCAUAGGAUCAAUCUACAUUCUUCUAUAGAUUAUACUGUUGAAAGGGACCUAAACUAUAUCAAGCAAAUAGCUAAAAAGUAUGAUUUCGGUAUAUUUUAUGAUGGUAAAUUUUUAAAAAAUGAAACCAAAAAUGGAUAUUUUGAUAUAAAAAUUUUAAAACCAUUGGCACCAGCACCCGUUUCUCCUAAUGAAGGUCCUGUUUGGGAUAUGCUAGCAGGGACAAUUCAAGAUCUAUUCCAAAAUAAGAUUUUUGACAAGCAAGAAAAUAAUACCAAUCAACUUUACGUUACAACGGGUUUAUUCUCUGGAAACACUGAUACAAAACACUACUGGGCCUUAUCGAAAAAUAUAUACAGAUUUAUUGGUUCAAUUGUAGGUGCAAGCACAUUGAAAACAGUUCAUUCUGUUAAUGAACAUAUUGAAGUUGAAGGUCACCUUUCAGCUAUUGCUUUCGUGUAUGAAUUUAUUGUAAAUGUAAGUGAGUAUAAAGAGUCCUAG